UCAAGCAAAAACUUUAAGCCCCUCUCAGUUCCAGUCAAUCAGCAAGUCCUAUAGCUUGGACUAUGAGUUUGAAUCUACAGCUUUUUCUGUUGUUGUUGAUAACAACCCUGAGGUAUGGCUUUCUUGGUUUUACCCUAAGUAUGUUCCUAGAUAUUCUCAUAAUAAUUUUUCUUUACAGUAGCCUGCAUAACAGGCGCUUUAUGAGCCAAGCAAGGCGAACGCGGCAUUUUGAGCGAAGCGCAAAACGAGCGCAAAGCGCAAGACGAAGGGAGGAGAAAAAUAGAGCGCCUGUUAUCAGUCCAUUUUUCUGGCUCUUCCGCCCACCUAUGCCCACAAGUAUUGACUACCGGCGGUGAUGUUUACAAGGACCAACGAAAACAAGAUCUGUUACUCAAAAAUUCUCACCUUUCUGGCUACCAGAAACACCGACAGCAGCAUAAAACCACAGGAAUAACGACUACUAGGGCGAAAAUCACCUUCAAUAAUAUAAGACUCGGUACGGCAAAAUUAAUGAAGUAAGAUUUGCUCAGUCAGUCUAGUUUAUGUCCAGUUUGGCAACAGCGGCGAAGAAGAAAGAGGGAAAACCUGUUGUUCAAACAAAUUCCAUGGUCAUACGUUUCACAUUAUCACGAGCUUAUGAGUAGUGUUUGGCCUGUCAACACUUAAUUUCGAAAAGUUAGUAAUUUGAGACUUUAUCCAAACCUAGUUGGAAGCAAUCCAAGAACAUCUUUCCUCUUUUGUUUUUCCUUUAUUUCUGGAACAUUUGGAAGUAAACGAAAGCUUCUCGAACAGCAUCGUCAAAAUAACAUGACUGCGUGACGGCCAUUUUGUUUCAGACAAACAUGCCAGAAUCUCGCCAGAACAACGUGUCAUCAAUUAACCAAUUGGAACGCAAAAUUCAUGUGGUGAACGUGGGAACAGCCAGAACAAUGGGCUGGUAACAGGCGCUUUAUUUUCCUGCUCCCCUUACCAGCAAUAUACAAUAUAAACCGUGAUUGAUAUUGUUACUCGACGACGAAAAUAAUGAAAAUUUUUCUGCAAUACCUUCGAAGUAACGUGGAAACGCAGACAUGUUUUGCUCGCCGCUUCUCUCCAACCGAAAAGUUAUUUUUCGCAUGGAGAGAAGCGGCGACCAAAAAUACGUCUGCGUUCCCAGGCUACUUUUGAAGAGGCUCUUUCAAAGCUCCAAAAUACCUGAUUGGUCUGUUCAAUCUCGUAAGCGAAUUGGAUUAUGGUCGGAUAUAUUUGACAGAACACGUCAAAGUUUUCAGCUCCAUUUUUCUCGGAAAUAUUAGAAAGCCAAGGAUAAUUAGAAAAAAUGAAUUCAGGCUUAAAAUAAACUUUGAAUAAGCACGCAAUUUAUUUUUGUGUCUGCCUUGAAGUCAGUUCGUAAUUUAAUUUGUGUGUUUAAUUUAUGGGACGACGACGUUAUUAUUUUUUUCCUGACCGUCUCUUCCCGAUGUUUGGAAAGUGCCAACGGAUUCAAACUUUCUAGAAAAACAAACAAACAAACAAACAAACAAACAAAACAAAACAAAAAGAACAAAAACUUAUGCCAAGGACAGGUUAGCCUGCUUAACUGAGGCGCUUUAUGAACCAAGCGAGGCGAACGCAGCAUUUUGCACGAAGCGCGAAACGAAGGGAGGAGAAAAAUAAAGCGCCUGUUACCAGUCCACAAGUAGUAGUAUUGGGAUCGCUUGAAAGUGGUUUCCAUAUGAUCGUAGCUAAUUUAAAGUUACUAAAUCAGGCUUUUUUACAACCUAAUUUGAAGCAAUCCGAGAACAUUCCUCUUAAGCAAUAAAUUUAAACAUUUCUUUUGUUUUCCUUUUGUUUCUGGAGCAUUUGGAAAUAACCGAAAGGCUUCUCGAACAGCAUCGUCAAAUGAACAUGAAUGCGUGACGUAACGGUUAUUUUGUUCCAGGAAACAUGCCAGACAAACGUGCCAAAACUACGCGUUCAGCAAUUAAACCAACCGGAAAGCCACGUUCAUGUAGUGAACGUGGGAAGGGAAGAGUCAGAACAAUGGACUGGUAACAGGCGCUUUAUUUUUCUCCUCCCUCGUCUCAUGCUUCGCACUCAUUUCGCACUUCGGGCAAGAUACCGCGUUCGCCUCGCUUGGCUCAUAAAUCACCUGUUCUGCAGGCUAGAGACGGAUAAUAAGUUUUCAAAUGCCCUGGGCGUUAAAUUUGAAGCUACAAACAUAGAGAUGAACUUUUUAAAACUGUUACGUUUUUCUUGAAUGAAAAUCAUCUCAAUUCGGUCAAAGGAAUAUGUACAAGGAUAUUCAAUUGGCUUAAAAUUCCGUUAAGCCUCAUUUAUUAUGCAUAGUUUUUUCGACUCCAUCCAUGUGAAACAGUAUGAGAUUGCUAAAUGCAUAAUAGAUUUAUGGGGCUGCACUGAAAUCUCUCCAAAAGGUCGUAGUGGUGCUGCUCACUGUUUCAAUCUUGAGAAAAAUUUGAACUCAUGUGUUGUUGAAUAUAAUACAUUUUCCGAUAUUAGCUAAAAUUGUAUACAGUUUAUUUCAGUCUCUUCGAAUUAUUUCCCUUAUCCAAACUACACUGAAUAACUUUGGCUAUUUUGCAUUACACUGACAAACAACUUCCUAAUUUCACCAAGGUAUGUAUCAGCGACGACGCCAUGUGAAGUAUCCCUUCUCCAGCACGCCAGUCCUGCCUGUAAAGUGUUGAGAAAUGCUGCCUUAAAUCAGAACAAGAAGAUCUGGACCUUGAAACAUGAUCCAGAUUUACAUGGCUUUGCCUUACUGAACAUGACCUCUGAGCAGCUGGGAGCUAUUGCUGUGCAAGAUCCCUUUAUACGAUACUACGCUUCGGCAUAUCUUCAAACCUCGCAAGCAAGCAAUAAAUCCUUUGAGUUGUACAACAAAAUAACCGCUGGUCAGGAAAUCACAGAUAUAACAGAAUAUCUGAAGUUGUCAGCGUUUUUUCAGUCGGCUCUAGAACCUGCAAUUGGCGUAAGUAUAUUGUUUUGUUAUUCAAAGACCGUGGUCAACUGUAUAAAACCUUAAGUCAGAUGUAACUGCUGACGUCUGACAUUCAGUCAAGAGUGAACGGGGCUGAAUGUCAGGUUAUAUGCGCAGGUGAAGUAAUAAAUCUGAUAUCUGAAUUUUAAAAUCGGCUCGGUGACGUCAGUGUAUUGCUAGAGUAAACUGAUGUUACAGCGGCCAAUUUAGUUGACGCAAACCGUAUCGCGUUCCGUUGCUGAGAAUUUUUGAGUUUAAAACACUCUUUGUCCAUGCAAAUUCUAUGCAAAGAAAUUAAUUUAUUGUUUUGUCAAUUGCGCAUGACUAGCCCACCAUGUCGUCUGUGUCAGUUCCCCGAUUGUAUAUGUUAAAUUUCCUGUCGUAAAUUGUAACGGUCGUGACAUUAAGACACGUGGUUUUUUUUCUUUUGAAUACUGUUGCUGGUUCUGUUUCGAUGAAGGUAUAUAUUAAAACAAAAAAAUUUCUUAGCCCAGCAUCAAACUCAAGUCGUUUGACAGUGCAUCUCUCUAAAAAGCCUUCCAUAUGACACCAACUCUACCACACACCGUUCAAAUCUGAAAACUGAAAUCCACUUUUAAAUUAGUUUCCUGAGUUUGUUUCUUAACCUUAAAUUACAAAAAUUAGAGCAGUUUACUAUAUGAUGACCCCGUCUAUUUACGGAUGGGAAAUAGGAAAGGCUUGUUUUUUGUUUUUGGUUUUCUUUCUAUUAUAAAGUGAACGUCGAUCUAUUUUCGAAAACGUGGCAUUAUAACAUAAGUCUGAUGGCGUCGCGAAAUGUCGGCUGUUUUCCCGGUGCUAUUUUUUCGCGUACAAGUACCGCGUGGAAAUUUUGUCUCUUCUUAAUGCGUGACAUUUUUUUGUUUAUCUCAGUCUCUACACUGGUGUACUUAAAUUCUAAUGAAACUUGCAAGGCAAGAUAACGUGUCAGAUAAUUCAAAAGAUUUUAAAUAGACGUCUACAGUCGGCGUACAUGGGGGCUACACUUUGUUGUGGUCUAAUAUAUUUUGGAAGGUAUUAUGCUUAUCUCACCUUUUGCAUGUUGAGUGUAUAACUACUCCUAUCCCUCCUUCCUGAUCAUCCGUCCGAUAUUUUGGGGACCUUACUACGAUCCGACAACGGCGACGUCCAUGAAAACGUCGCUGUAAAAUAGACUCGGCAUUCUUUUAAACCAUUUCGCUAUUAUCUCAAGUCACCCGGUUACUUAAAGGAAGGGAAUUGAAUUUAUGUUGGAGAUGAAGAGGGAUGACGCCCGAGUUCAGACAGAGAUGGUAGAGUUUAUCGCCUUGCCGUUCCCGUCGUAAAAAAAAACUUAAAAUUUGGUCAUUUCACGUUGUAGUCGUGCAGGGACGGCCAGGAAAUGUACAAAAAAACGUGAUGCACGAGCAAAGUUGUUUUUUUGCUUACUAAACCUAUUGCUCUUUGACGUUGCCGUUGCCGUCGCCGUCGUAGUUUCGUAAGGUCCCUUUUGCCUCUUUGACGGAGACGACGAAAACUAAUUUUUAAUUGGGCUGUGCCGGCGGCCCAAUAAUCAGACAGCAAAUAGACUUUGACAUUUGUUACCAUUAGGAGUAUGCUCGGCUGCCAUCACGAUAUGAAGCCUUCGUCGACAAUAAGCCCGAGUGGUUAAACGACAAGCACUUUACUCAGCAACGCCUGGCUGGUUCCAAUCCCAUGUCACUAAAGCGGGUGACAGUUCACGGACAAGGUACGUCUCUGCCUACGCGACCAGUUGUAGCUUAAACAAAUUGUAUCUUCAAAUCUCUUCUCAAAGGGUAAUUUUCUGCGUACAGGACGUUUAAACGAUGUGGGUACUCUAAAAGUUACCUUUCAUUAAGAACUCAGAACUCAGAAGUUAGCAAAAUAAAUGGUACUCGAAGACUUGCUGAGCACACUUAAACUUUAUAAGGAACGUAUUAUAGGACAUUCUAUUAGGUAUAAGGUACUUUCAGUAAGGUAUUGUUAUAAAUGGAAUGAUCGGGUUCUAUUUCUUUAAACUCGCUCAAUCGAUCUGACUCGGUUGUUGAAACAAAAAAAGAAUUCAAAAUCCAUCCGUCGUCUGUAAAAUCAGGUCAUGUUUGAUCGUUUCUCCAAGCAGGCAAGAUAGAUCCAUCUCAUCCGCUUGAGAUCUCCCGCUUUUGUCCCAUAACUGGAGAAAAAAAUAUCUAGUGUUUAGUUCUGUUUACCAUCAUAAACCCUUCAUUAAAAAAGCUUGACAGGUCAAAAUGGCAAGAUUUUAUAUAUUUUAUUUCAUUAGCUUUACCCUGAAGAAUACAAAAAAAAAAAAAAAAAAAAAAAUUAAGAACGUAACAAUACACUAAUAAUAACUUAAAUAUUUGGGCAGGGACACCGCAACAGCUAAAGCCAAUUACUGCGGACCCAAAAAGUAAAAUGACAUAAAAGUAGCAAUUUAAAUCACACGCAGCAGCUAAUUUCUUGGUCUAAAAACUUGGCUGUGUUACAUUUCAAGCAAACACUUUUGAGGCUUCUUGGAGAGUCCGGGUCAUAGUUUCUUGCUAGAGCCCGCGGGUAAUAACCGUAAAGAACAGAUUUAAAAUUCUCAAAAGUAACAUUAUCUAGGUCAAGUCUAGUAAAAAGCAGGUUCCAGAUUCUAGUGGUUCUAAUGAAAAAAGAUUUCUGAAAGGCAGAAGUCCUGCAUUAUUUAGGCACAAAAGAUUGAGAGCUCGUUACGGAUAUAAAAGAUAUUGGCCUCGUUCUUUUUUUUUACAAACUUCUUAUUGACCACAACUGGAUCGGUCCUUUGAAAAGGCAAAAAAUCGAGCCUGACCAAUAUCUAGGUCAUCGUAACCUUAUUCGCUUGUACAAUAACACAUAUAUUAUAAUGCUACCUUAAUUUAUUUAUUUCGUGUAGAAAAGAGACAAUGCACAGUAAAAACGACUGACGGAAGAUGGUGCCAUUUCCCGUUUACUUAUCGUGGCAAAGUCUAUCACAAGUGUACAACUAAAGACCAUCAGAGACGUUGGUGUUCAACGAGUGCCAAAUAUAUCUUAAAAAAUAAUUUUAGAAGAUGGGGAAACUGUCAAGGUAACAAAAGAAACGUUAUUAAUUGUUACCCUAUUUUUUACUGGCUGCUACUCGCUUUAUAUUUCAUAAUAUUUAAUUUGUAUUACGUCUCCCUCUUCUUUAGGUAAUGAAGAACAGAGAAUGGGUAAGUUCAAUUUGCUUAUUUUAUUGGUUAGUGGUAAGUGCCAAUAAAUAGAAUUACAAACCAAGCACUGGUGUCCCAAAAUAAUCGUGUGGGAGCUGAGUGCCUCGUUCUACUGAGCCAUACUGUUAGGGAAACCAACGACUGUUUUCUGUGAAAUAACUGUUCGGAGAAGCAAAUAUUGUCUAGAAUUUUCUAUUACCCAAGGAGGGCUAACGACUGGCUAAAAAUUCUAUAUGACCGUUCCAUUCAUGUACAAUUUUCCAAGCUUAUCUAAUAAAUUCCCAACAAUUUUCUGAAGAUUAAUUUUCACAUUUCACUUCCCAAGUGAGGCUAUUUUUCGUUCAAAAAGGGAAACCAAAAAUUUUCGGAUUCAAAAAUGCGAUGGAGAGAAGAAUAAGAAAAUUUCUAACUUUCGUAAUACGUCAAAUUGCAUCUAAAAUUUUCGGGAAAAUAACUCUCAAGCGCUUCUAAUUUCGAAAAGACUCAAUUUGCCGUAGGAUGACAAAACAGAAUGAUACAAAUUUUAUAGCGUUGCUCAGAAUGUUUGCUAGAGAUUUAAACUGAAUUACUCUGGAUAGCCUAAAAAGUGUUUUCAAUGCAUUUAGGAGGAAACCGCCGUUGAGUGCCCCUGUGCUGUGUUUCUUCCUUUUUAUCAAGUAUUUUUUGAUGCUAUCGAGUAUAUUGUUGGCUCAGAAAAUGUAGUGCUCUAACUAUUUCUAUUCAUUCGAAGCCAUGUUUGACAGGAAUUUGUUUGCCUAGAAAUAAAAAGUGUUUACGUCUCUUAGUCACUGAAUGAGUUUUAUUAGUUUGCUAAGAAGGGCACUGACUCCUCUUCACCAAUUCAGCUUCAACAUCUUAUUCAGCAGGGAAGGGCUGUGUGCAGGGUUCAAAUUAUUGAUCAAAAGAAUAUCACGAGAUAAAUCAGACAAUUACUAGCCGCAAAAUCACUAACUGGGAAGCGCCGGAAUAUUACUACAGCUAUAAAACUACUAGUCAGGAGCAAAAGAGGAGCUAGCUCGCUCACUCCUGUCACGAGUUCGUCUGGAAAAGUACUUAAAAAGAAAAAAAAGGGUUUAAAGGCUUGUUUAUAGUGGAAAGUGCAGUUAGCUUAUCCAGCUAGUUUACAGGCACUCCACUCAAAUACUUACAAACAAAUAAUUUAAACAUAACAUAACAGGAUUAAAAACCCCAACUGGCAGGAGGCAACCGGUUGGCUAUUUACAAGCGUGGCCGAGGAUUUGAACUCGGGAAGACCGAGAACAAAUCCAGCAAGUGGCCAGAGGCGGACUCGAACCUCGGACCGAGGGAUUACGAGUCCAACGCGCUGACCACUCGGCCACGCUGCCUCCUUGUAUCCGCGACUUCAUUUAAGGUUAGGGUAUAUAUGAGACAAGCUGUGUUCCUCAAAGUCGUCCUCUUGGUCUCCAGACUUAACACGCCCUGCGAAUUUGAUCCUCCUCCCUUCCUCCCCCUCUUUAGUUCUUAAUGGUACUUUCAUCUUAGCUUGGGUGCCUUUUUCUCGUGCCUUCAACUUUGCCGUCUUACGUGGCCAAAAUUUUACCCAAAUACUUCGUUGUUGCUCAUUUCUUUAAGCGCUCUUGCAAACAAAGCUCGAGUGGAUGACCCCGAAAUUUAGGGUAUAAAAACAAGCUGGUAAGGAGGCACAAUUAACAUAUCUUAUACGAAAGCCUUUUUCCCGUGCUUUCAGUCGGCGAGGACUGCAGUGUCAAGACCACAAAAGGUGAAUGGUGCCAUUUUCCAUUUACUUAUUAUGGAAGGAAAUAUACGAAGUGCACUAAAGAUGAUCACAUUCGACCGUGGUGCUCAACUACAGAAAACUACACAGGCAAAUGGGGAAAUUGCAAAGGUAAACCCUCGCGGAAGACGCAUUUCUUUUCCCUAGGUUUGCGCUAAAAGAUGACUAUCCAUUUACUUUUUUGCUAAUCUACCUAAACUAUUCACAUUUUAGCCAAAAAUGAUUUUAAAGUACCGUGAGGUUGUGACUUUGCUGAUACUUAUAAGCUCUAAACAAGUCCCCUUAAAAAAGUGUCAAAGAGAAUCGUCCCUGUUUAAUUAUUACAGUCAGUGAUGGAAAAAAUCUGCGAACCUGUAGAUCGAUUUCACUUUCGUGAUCAGUGGCUAUACAAAUUUCUGCGAACAAAAAAAAAACGUUUUUACAUGAGAAAGUGUUCAAUUGCCACUUAGAUCAUUUUUGACACUCGAUCUACUUGGUUCUAUUAUUGGUGAGGUAAGUAAAAUGUAAGGAAAUGAAAUUAAAUGAAAUAAAACAAAUUAAAAAUUAAACCGUUAUCCUACAAAUUAGCCAUCACCUCAUUGAGGCAAAGACACUCUUCAACUGAUUUUGGUUUUGUUCUUUGCAGGGAAAGAAGAGAAGAGAGGAGAGCAGCGUGGUAGGUACACUAAACGGUUGAGAUCGAUCCAAAAAAAAAAAAAUUCAGUUCUAACACUCGCGCCAAAACGUGAUCCCCAUUCUUGGAGUUCAGGAGCAAUUUGAACAACUUUUCGUGAUGAUUUCACUUCAUCGUUUUAUAUUACCACAUCGUUUGAAUUACAAUCGUUUUGAGUUACUAAGAAUAUAUAAAAGCACUGAAGAUUCUGCUGAUACUUCAAUUCGGUCUUAUAAAAGAUAAACCGGUGGAUCAGAAGCCCGAUUCAACUAGUCUGCAUAGAUCACUGAAUCGUAAAAACUUCGAUUCAGCUUCACUUUUUUGACAUUUAUCUGCCAGCUAAAUUUUAAUGGCAAACAGUCGAACGCAGUUACUAAUCUUCGAUUACUGCUACUUACUAGCUAGUUUAAAAGAAAAAAAAAACAUUUUAUGCAUUACCUUACAAUUAUAGUCUUAUCCUUAUUAGGACCAAUAGGACUUGAUUGGAAGGAACUAAAGGCAACAUUGAAUCCCACCUUUGAAUGGCAAAAAGCCGUUCAAGCAACUCUGGGUACAGACGACUCUUUAGAAUCGGUAUGGAUAGUCCUAAUACUUUGAGAUAAAAAAAAGAAUAAAUAAUAAUAAUAAUAUUAACAAUAAUAAUAAUAAUAAUAAUAAUAAUAAAAUCAGCUAAACUAAACUGAAUAUAUCGCUUUUCAUUUUAUGGAUCUGUUUGCAAUUUUAUUUCUUCACUGGAUGGAAUAGUACUGAUGAAAAGAGAUUAACUGAAUAAUGUAAUGAUGACAAGAAAUGUGUGACUGGCUCAGUGAUCGUCUAAGCAAUACUGCGCAAAUAGGAAGUUGAUCAACAAUGCAAGUAGACAAUUAAUACAGAGGAAAUUAAAUCAUUUUGUUGAAUCUGGUGAAACGUAACGACUGCUUCCAAUUUAUCGCUAAAAUAUAAUAAACUAGAAAUACGUGUAUCGCAAAACCUCGCAAGGCUCGUGGGAGGCCUAUAAAAUGUCAGGUGUGGGAAGGGGGAGAGAAUUGGAGCAAAUUGUGUAGCUUGAAAGGGCUGUUUUCAACACUGGCUCUAAUACUGGAAGGUGAGAUGUAGUUAAUCUUCUUUAGGCUGGGGUAAAUUUGAACCCAGUGCUCUGUCGUUAAAAAGAAUUUUCUUGCGAACUGAACCACAGCAAUGAGACUAUUUACACUUGUUGUAGUACAUAAUCGCACUUGACAACUAAUUGUUUGCAACGGUAAGGUGCAAAUAUUAUAAUCACUUACGCUAAAAUAGACAUUACAUGUAGCAAUGUCUUCAUGAUUAAGGUUGCAGUUGAGGAGAAUUAUGAAAGCGAUCAUGACUCAUGAUUAUUGAUUAUGCGGUACCCUCAUUAGCACUGAGUCAUCUCUGUAAAAAGUACCAAAUCAUUUAUAAAAGUGUUCAUAGUUAUUUGUGUACAUGUAUGAGAAACAAAUGCCCAUGCACAGCUGCAUGCAGGAGUGAACUUGUAUCAAAUGUCCACAUACAAGUCAUGUUGAGGGUGAUCAGUUUCUCAAUUCAAAACAUGCAUGAGCUUGUUCAGACAUGGUUGCCAGAGGCAAAGUUUUUGAAAUUCCCAGAUUGACAGUCAAAUGUACACUUUCCUUGACCAAAUGAAUUGACAAUUUGACCAGGCAUUAAUGGGUUCCAAAUUGACCAGUCAAAACUUCGCGUACCGGACACAGAUGACGCGAAACAAAAGAUUUCUUUGUUUUUUGUUCAGGGAAAAUCUGCUUGGUAUCAAUGGUUUUUGUUCUUUUGUUUUACGUCAUCCGUGUCCAGUACACAAAAUAAAUUCCUUUCGAAUAUCAAAUAGGAUCGAAAAUAGGAGGCCAGCGUUAUGUUUGACUUAAAAGUCCACAGCUGUGUUUAUGUAUAAGGCUGCUAAACAUAGAUAUAUAGUUUAUUUUAGGAUGGUUUUGGGGAAGUAAAUGUAACGAAAAUUGUAAGCGAAAAUUUUGUUCAGUAAGGAUUUUGUUUCACAUUAUCAGUGCUCUAAACUGUUCAUUGUAAAAUAAAGCUUACUGUAAAACCCAUCGUUGCUCAUGGUUUAAAGGCUGAUCGCCUGUCUUCAGUCCGUUGGAAUGAUAUUCUUGACGUUCAUUGUACAGAUCGUGUAACUCUUGCUUCCUAUAUCGCUGCAUCGAAGAAGAUACUUUUGAUCGUAAACUUCAAGCGUUCCCUGAUCUCCUUAUCGCUUUUUAAAGCGUUGGCACUCGGUGUUCCCUCUCUUCACCGGCUUGUUUGCUGUGUAAUUGUAGUAUUUUGUCGCUACCUUUGUACAUGUUUGUGGUCGCCGUGUUGACGACGUUGCCUUCACUGUGCUAAGCGAUUUUCUCUCUGCUUCGCGCUUUGUUGUUGUCGUCGUCUACUCCGCUCGCGAUAAAUUUAAUCAGCAUUCUCCAGAGGAGUUACGGUGGAAAAUCUUCGCCGUGGAGGAUUUUCGUGAUGAUUUCAAGCGACCAGUGCAGAACUGUUAAGGGGGACCUAAGGAACAUGUUUAAUGUUGUCGGCACUUUUGUACUGCGUGCAGAGGAAUUUUAGAAGGCGUUAAAAGAAGAUCACUGUACUGCCCUGCAUGAGAACGAGGCUGAACAAUAAAACGACUGAAAAAUGGCCGUUUAUUGGAAUUUUGGAACAAACUACAAUCAGUUUCGAUAUUCUGAGAUGUCUUACUUAAUAAGAAGUUGAUGGUAACACUUUUGCGUGGUCACGUGUCCCGAAGUAGAGACUUAAUACAAUGUUACCCUUAAAGAGUACUAACAUUAAUACCUUUUCACAUUGACAAAGUGAAAGCCAUAUGUUUUUGACAAAUUUGGACUUUCUAAUCUUUCUACACCUCACUGUCAGGGUCCUCGUCCUCAACCUUUAGUGUAUUAGUAUCUUCACAUGCAUUUUCACAGGGAUCAUCACUGUCACAGCAAGACUCAGAGGUAGGCGUAAUUCAAGCCUGAUUUCCGGCAGUAGCAUCUAUUGUCUGAGCAUGCGCAUCGGUUCUUUCACAGCCGCACUUGACCAACAGGACGAUUUCUUCAGGAGCAGAUGCUUCCUUUGUCAUAACGUGGAUCCAUUUAUCCUCCCUUUUCUCCCAUCGAAUCCAUCUGGCUGUGGCAAACUAGGACAGCACACUUUAUCAUUGUUCCAGACUAUCAUUUUGAUAGUAGGCGCGGAGAAUUGCUUCAUAAAACGACACUUCGUUUGGUGGAAGCCUAUCCGAUUCGCCUGAUUUUUUUCUGAACAUAUAUGUAUGUCAUCUUAGUUCCUUGACUUGUGAGAUACCGGUUCCAGGCUGAUAUAACUGGCUUGUAAACUUCUGCACAAGGACCAAUAUCUCGUCUCGGGGGAUGCACUGUGGCUCCAAGGCUUCCAAAAGCAGUUAUGGUAUCUUCUGCUUCCAUGAACGUUUUCCAGCAUAAAAGUUUCCCUUUAACAGAAAAACGCCCGGUGAUAUCAGCGUGGAACGCUGGUAAUGCGGCACGUUUAACUACCGAGGGCGCUAGCUAUUGGACUACGACCAAUCACACGAUAGUUAUCACCCGUAGCAAAGACAAACGAUGUCUUCACACAGAGCGCCGGAUAGCGCCUUAAAGGAACAACUUACCUCUGUGUCUGGAGAGUGGAUAUAAAGCUCCAUUGUACCGCUGGCAGUUGCGUCCAGAGCAUGUAACAACAUCAUCUUGGUGUCUGCUUCUUCUUGAUCACUUUGAAGAUGGUUUCCAUUUUGUUGUGUUGCACGACAGUAGUAACUCCAGGCCCCAACAACUUAUAGAUUUGUAUUCAUAGCAUGAUCUAGGAAGUUCUCUGCCAGGGAGCUAAAAUAGAUAGCUCGUUCUCGGUCUUACAAUGAGAAAAGCAUGGAAUUACUAAUACGUUAAUAUACGGAUCUUGACCAGCCUGCCUGUUUAUUCAGGUAGCUGUUUUCAGACACUUUGGCAACUUAUAUUUAUCGAAAAUCAAACAAACCUCAUCACUGGACUUGUACUUAUGGAUGAUUCUGGCAGUAAAGCGCUCAGCUCAUUGCGAACAGUCUUUGAUAUCGACCGCUUUGUAGAGAGAUUGACGUUCUGCCAAUUUAUGGCGUCAACAACAGCAACUCGCAGCUGAGAUGAUGGUUCCAUAUUUACAUUUUCAUUCGCACGAAUCUGAGGACCAGUAGUCGCUCUUUGCACUGAUUCAUCACCAAGCGCUUAACUUUUCAAGAAUUGACAUCAAAGCGUUCUUUACAAAAUGGUGAAGCAUUUUACCAUCGGGUGCAAACAAAGACCUCGGAACUGACAGAAACCUCAGACUGGCCAAUCACUGAAAACACCCAUUUUGUGCAGCUAUAUUGAUUGCCUACCGUAACAAGAGUGCAGCUUCAGACAGUGCAUUCAUUUGUUUUGAAUCGUUACUACUUUCUUUUCUGUUAGAUGAAUGGUAGUAUAACGUAUCUUCUUAAUGCUUAGUCGGUCUUAUUCUUUAGCUUUUGGUGGUCUGUGAAAUUCCACUUCAGGUAUCAAAGUUUGACUUAACGGUUUUAGCGUUUUUCGAUAGCAUACAUCCGCAUGGACAUUGUUUACUUCAAUGAAUUCUCCCAUAAAUAUGCCGCUUGUAAGUCGUACAUAGUCAAUAUCAUACCUUUUCUUAAGUUGAUCUCUAUCAUUACUGAAAACUCUGUACGUAAGGACUGGGUAGCACAAUUAAAAGGGCUUUCCCGCGAGACUCACUGCCGUCACAAAAAGAAGCAAGGGUCUAUGUUAAAUGGUGAUGUUUUAGAUAUCGUCAGCCGUAGAGGUAUUUCCUCUGGCUCCACGUUUGAAAUCUUCCGUCUUGUUUCAUUAGCUCCACCCAACUCUCUCUCUUACCGUUCUCUUGCUCGCCUAAGCAGUCCCGUAUAGACCACGAGCAGUCUCUCUUUUGCUCGAAAAUCUGUGAGCGUUUGCGAUAUAUGACUCUAUGGAUGGCGUCCUUACACCACUUUAACACUGUCUGUGCCACGAUACUCCUUUAUUCUUAAGCUUUUGAGCUCUAAACGUUUUUAGUUUUGACCCAACUUUCGAAAUAUUCUAAAUGGACGUAAGACUGCCAUUCUUGUAUGCACGUCAAUACUAUGUCAUGAGAAGUCGGUUUCUCUACAAGUCGUUCAUUUGGCGUAAUUUUGGCCACAAAUAAUACACAAACUUAAAUUGAGGUCUUUAGUCCCUCCAGUUUCUGUAGAACUUGACAUUUAGACCAGGUAAAAGACUUAACGGCAAUAUGUAUCCCAGAUGUUCAUGUGGCAACACACAACACCAAACCAGAAAACUGGAAUAUGUAUUAGCAAGUGCAAUGAAGAAAAAAAUAGCCUAUUGAUAACUGUCAAUGUUUGAAAAUGGAAUUUCUUAUUUUAUUAUAAAGCAGUCUAGUUUAUACCUCAAUUUUUAAGUGCCAGGAAAAAAACGAGGAAUGUCCACUUUUGUUGCUGGACAGAUUACUUGUUCUCCCACAUUGAUAUUCCAAGGAAUCUUACGUUCAUCUAAGGCAACGGGCUUCUUCUGAGCUAAAAAUUUGGAUUUUUAACUUUUACCAAUGCACUAGAGGUAAUUGAACAUUCCUAGAUAUCUUAUGAAAAAUUACUUUUACAUUUACAGAAAAGAACGUGAUUGAACAGCCGUUUUUUAAGCAUUUCCAAACCUUAGCCUCGUUUUCAUGCAAAGAUCAAUGGGCAAUUUUCCAUCGCCCCUUAAAUACCUCCUGCACGAAUUACAGAGGUGCCGGCAGCAUUAAACAUGUUCCUUAGGUCCCCCUCAACACUUCUACACUGGUCGCUUGAAAUCAUCACAAAAAUCCCAGGCAAUUUUUUUCAGGGACAUAUGCUCCCUGACUAGAUCGUAAACAUUCUUUCACAGACGAUGAAUAAACACAUCCACCAUGAAAGUACAGGUAGCCCAAGCUCGAAAUAUGAGCAUCGGCGAACAUCGGCAUUGUUGCGUAACAUUCGAAAUUUAAGGAUUUGUUUGAGGGAAAAAACCUAUCGUUUCUGUAACCUACGAAAAUGAAAGAAUUUCUAUAAAAACAGCUUACCUUACUUAAAUGUGUGUUACGUCUCUCCUGUGUGGUCCAUGAGCCGAUUUAUGGCCGUUUAAUGGGUUUUUAUGUAAACGGUUUUCUCUCUAUAUAAAGGUUUAGAGAGAAAAGCGUUUGCAUGAAAACCGGCCAAUUCACCGAUGUCGAGGUGAAAUUAGGUUAGGAUCCAGAGCAGUAGAAAAUUUCUAAUCCUCAGUUAUUCCUGUGACCUUUUUUUUAAACAACUUCUUACACCUGGCUAGUGGCUCCAAUCUUUGCGUAAGUUCUUUCUUGUCACUAGAUACUUUUAGUUUUAUGGCAUUGCAAUAAUGCUGUAACCUUUCUUUGCUUAGUUUAUCUAGAUUCUCCGAUUGAAUAUCAAUAAAUAUUUGUUCGAAAGAAACAUGCUUCGUCUGAUUGUCUGCCAUUUUGAAACUGGACUUUUCAAGAAGUCCGGCAAAAUCUGGUAGUCCUGGGUAAACUCACAAGCAAAAUUAAUUAGGUCUGUAAGUUUUUAAAACAAUAGUUGUUUUAAAAACUUACACUAAUUAUUAGUGUGUUUCAUCUACUGUACUUCCCAAGGAAUAGUGUAGGUAGACUAAAGCAUUGGGGGAGGCUGAAAAAUGUUUUCCAUAUGUAGGACAAAGAUAUUUUGUGGAAUUAACCCAAUAAAAAAUUACACAUGCAUUGUACCUUAGCUCUCUAAAGUAAAUAUGGAAGAAAAUUGACAAUUUAUAAGUUACUUGACAUAUUAUAGCCCUUUUGUAUCAAGUUCACUGUCAAUGAAAUGUUAGCAUUUGGAACUGUUACAUCAAAAAUGAAAGUGGUGCUUUUGCACCAUGAGACAAUUCCCUUGACUUUGAUUGGGUAGUUGCCUCUUUAGCACAGAUAGGGUCAAAUAAGAUUUUUACAGUAUUGGCCAACACUUUGUAUACACAUCGUAGAAUGUCAAUCCUGUUCUUGGGCCAGCAAGCAUUCAAAUUAACCAAUCCCGCAUGCGUCCAAUGUAGUUUUCAUUGUAGAUCCGCAGGGUCAACGUUUUUUUGCUAUGUCUGUCUCCUUGUACUGAGCCUCAAAUUUCUUUGGCGGACGAUUAUGUGAAAGGCCUUUGGCAUGACACGUCUUCAAUUCCAAACCCCUUAUCUGUCAGCACUGUAGUCCCCUCAUCUUGUAUCAUAUCAAGUACCCCACAGUCAGCUGCUAAGUCGUUAUCAGAAAUUGACCCAGCAUAAGUGUCAGUGCACAUGACAAGACUGGCAUGUGGUGUUAUCCAAAUUCCAGUUUUGCGAGUGUCAUGGUUUUUGCAUGAACUGAAUGUUGCAUUGCUGAUGGCAAAGUUUUCCGGUUAAGCAAUCCAGUUCUUUGUGCAGUCCCCCAGCAACACUGUGUCCUGGAAGCCAGUCGCAUAAAAUUCCAGGAACCUCUCCGGGACAGGGACUCAGGUCUAAUUGAUCAAACAGGGUUGAGAGAAAAACAGCCCAUGCUGUAAAGAUACUGGAUUGAGUUGAUGUACUGGUGCACUUUGCGAAUUUAAUUUCUUUCCAACUGUAAUACUUCAAGUGUUUGUUUUUAAAGGGCCAGAAAUUGGUGCAGAGCGUAGCCAGCACAAUUCCAGUGCUCUUGCUUGACUUUCUGGGACUCUUGAUUGCCUACCUCAGUAAAUUUGACGCUUGGCAAGUCCUCCAAAUUUGAUCUCUUGCCACCCGACCAGUGCAUUGAGCAGAUGACCUGAUUAUUGAAAUUUACAUCUUCUUUCCGCUUUCCUAGGAUUUUCAAAUAAGCAUCCUGUACCGUCUUUGGUGCCGAACCAACUUUAGUUAAUGUAUAGUACUCGACAUUUGGAGUUUUCCACGAGUUUUGCAGAGGGUACUAGCACAAGACCAGUGCCAACAUCAUGUAGACUUCAUGUACGAAGCGCAACCUUCGUGCUGUUCGCGGCCAUCAUGAAAUUUGAGUUUAUAAAAAAGUCUGGCAAAAUCAGGUAGUGCCGGACCCCCGUUCGGUAUGAGAGUAGGCAAUGGAUGGGCGCUGCGAGUUUGCAGCUCACUAUGAUCCACGAGCGGUCCACGCACUGCGUGCGUGCUUCGCGCGCGACGUGAUUAUAAUCUGUCAUCGCGAAGCGCUUCGCUCGGAAUAAAUAAAUAAAUAAAACCUAAAAAUCUCACCUUUUAUCGGAGGAAUAAACCGAUCGAUUUCAUUUGAGCCCUUUAAAUAGUCCUAGUUGCAUCAAGGGUACAGAAAAUACUCCGUGCCUGUUCAUUAUCAAAAAAUACAUAACCUAAUAAGCCUUGUGUUGCAUUAAUUAAUUACUCUGCUGGUAUUUAGCUAUUAGGCUUAAGAGACACUCGCUCUUUUGCUGCUUGACGAGAGUCACCUUAUUUCCAGCCAGGCAGUUGUAUUAGUUAUUUAUUUCGUUCAAGAAAUUUUAACGACGGUUUCACUUUUUUGCUUUGCAGGCUAUAGAUCAGGGCCGCAUUUACACUCUACGAUAUGAGAUGUGUGACGACAUGGCAAGAUCACCAGAUCUUACUGAUAGAGAUCCUCGAAGAAAAAUGUGGAAUUUUCUCUCUCCUAUCGCUUUGUUUGCGGCUAAGGGGAAUAAAUACGGCAAAAAUGAGCUUAUCCCCGUGGCCAUUCAAAUGGAUUAUAAACCAGGUAAAAUGCUAAAUACAUGUUACUGAUUGAAAAUGCCCAAGUACAUAACAAGAGCUAGAGAAUAGCUCAUUCUCUCUAGUACAUAUCUAAAUGUAAUUGGUAGUUAUCUGCCAAAAUGUUCCUUCAAUACGGGGAAGGGAUCAUUCAGUUUUACAAUUGUUUCGCGAAAUCAGUCUAAACUAGGCUAUUUCACUGACGUUUUACAAAGUCACAUUCAUUUCAUACAUCAGUAUGUAGUUGAAAUUGCCGCGCAUGCGGGUUUACUACGUAAUACAUGAUGGGUUUGGCUUAGUGAUCAGAGGCCAGGAGAGCUACCUGUUAUACCAGUUUUCGAAGCGCUUCCCAGGCAUUCCUAUUAUCUAUUUCUUUUGAAUAGGAAACUAAAACAUUAAACUCUAAACCUGAUUUCUCUUAAGAGUGUGUCCAUGAGAAAACCAGGCAGAACCAGGCAGGGGGGUGAUAAUGCUCAAAUCACCGAUUUCGCUCAAACUUGGCACAAAUGUUAGGUAUCAGGAGUUAGCUUAUGUGAUAGAAUGUCAGGUCAAAAUAUUAAAUUCCCUGGGAGAUCCGGGCUCCCCCUGUAAAAAUCGCCAUUUUGCCCGUUUAUGCAUAAUUAAUUAGCUAACUUUACGAUGCCAGUGCAACAAACAGAAAAGCCACCUGGAACUUAAAUGCACUGAGAGAUAAUCUGACAUCAUAAGACUUUAAGCACAAUAAACUGUUUAAAGUCGCCGGUUCGAUUUCCCCCCUUUUAGCCCCCUUAAGUUGGGUCAUCAUUUCCAAGUUUUGAGUAAGACGUAAAAUUAGGGUAUUUUAUUCCCAAAUAUCUCUGAUGAGCAACCGCUUAUCUUUAUAACUUUUGCAUGAGUAGUUAAAGCCAUCACUUAAGUUGAGAAAAAGAUCAUAAAAAGUUUGGGAAAUUCACUUUCUUCCAUGUGUUGACAUAAACUGUUCAUGUGACUGAACGACUUUUGCAUAUUUCAUCAAAAUUCAUGCCCUCACAAUAUUCGUGUGUUUGCCUUUGAAUGAGGAGAAAUCGAACAAAAAAACUCAUCAGACAAUGAUUUAACAUUAAUAAGGGUAAAAUCAUAAAAAUUGUUGUGCAAGAAACGCUAACGAUGAUUUUUGAUAGCUGUAUACGCGAUCUUUUCAAGUAAAAACAACAUACAAAGAUUUAAUUCACAGUUCUACUUACUUUAACAAUUUCGCCCUAAAAACAAUAUAAACGAUCAAUAAAAUCCAUAUACGUAUCUCUUAGAUGUCUCAAUUGCUAGUUUGUGCCCGCUUUGAUUUGUUCUUCAUGCCACCUUCGAUGUCCAGUUCAGCGUAGUUCAGCGUCGUGACUCGCUGUACGACUAAAAUUCCUUAGCCAUCAGUUUACGCACCAAACUCCUAAUCAAGUUGUUUUAGGACAAAACAAUACAAAAGGUAAAAAGCCGAUUCUUAACCCAUUGAAAGAAUUAUUUCUGCCACUGUUGUAGCUCAAUUCACAUGUUGCAAACGUCCGACAUCUUUGACAUUAAAUGGAGCCCGCAUUUUUAAGCAGCGGUUGCCACCACACGGAAACAUCGUAUCGGGAGUCAGGAACCAGGAGCUAGGAGCCAGAGUUUAGUGAACAAAAUGACUUUCUGACAUUCUCUGAGAAUAUUUUAUUGUUAUUGUAUGCUGAUAAAUAAUUUAGAAUUCCAAAUCUAUUGGCAACUUUAUUCAGACGAUGAUUAUAAAUGAUCCCAUGUCUUCUCAAACUCGGAGAUAGAAGUCGUUUUGUCUUCGUGUUUUGGAAAGAACUAUUUUUUCUAUUUUAGUUGCACGUGAAAUAGCAGCGAAGUGAAGCCGGGUGUUGGUGCAGACCAGUUCAAAGAGACAAAUAAAGCGUGAGACACGUCCAGAUUGGCUUGCGACAAGAAUUCCAUUGUUUUUUUUCAUACUGGAGUCCCUUCUCCCCGGGGGAGUGUCCAAAUUGCGUACAAAUGCCCUACCCUGCUGGCCCCAGAUUUGACUGUCAUAAACAGUGAAUUUUUUUAUCUCGCACGGUCUUUUGGGGAUCUUAUAAAGCCUAACUGUGGCGCUAAUGUUCCCAAGUAGAAUUCAAAAUACACCACACUUUCACAUUGAGUUAGAUCUUUUUCUCAAACAACCGCUUCCAUAUGUUUAACACCCCUCCCACAUUCCCUAGGAGAGAUACUUCAACUGUAAUACUUCGAUUUCAAAUUUCUCACCCUACCCAGGAAAGGUCAAUUUUCUCGUCCUAGACAUCGAUCUCGGAAGGGCCUUUUUGCGUACUCUUGGGCACCAAAACCAGUUUAGUGCCCAGCCGUGUGCCCUGCUGAGGCAGGCAGAUGUUGAAUUAUGGACAGACACAACAAUUAAGUUACAGACAUUUGAUGUUCCGGUCCGUGCGUGGUCGGAAGACACCUAGUAAAUAAUGCCCAUGGGGUUGCCGAAGGAAAAUUUGGGUUUUACGAGAGUCGAACUGCAGGAGGUCUUUAACGAGGAAAAGUGCGGACACAUCUACUUUUUGGAGUGAAUGUACUGCAUGCAAUUUUUAAGUUACAAUAUACUAUAGAUAAAUCUAAUUUGUGUCUAAAGUUCCUCUCAUACUCCGAGUAGCUUAGGACAUACAGGGAACGCAGAGAUCAGACCAUUGUAUCAUGGAAAAUUCUCAAUCAGACUGUCAUCGUAAAAAGUGGUCGUGGUCGUUUACUGGAUGUGGAUGUGUUCGUUUACAGGAGGUUUCAACUGCAAGCGCUUUGACUGGAUAAUAUUUGGUGUGUUGAAUAAGUGAUCGCUUAUUGGGAAGUAGUCACUUAAUUUGGGUGGUCGCACGUAGGUUCGACUGUGCCUCGUUAAGCGAAAAUUUGUUAAAAUGUAAGAGAAAUCCUAAAAUUGUAAAACAGUGGAAGUUCUCGUACGAGGGCGCCCUCGGGACGAGAAAAAGGUGUCCUUAACUGGAUCUCGCCGCUUACAAGAAUGAAUCUCAUAUGCAGCAUAGUUAUGCAAGUGGAAUUCAGCCACUUUAAAAGUGGUGUAAAGGUUAGAUAUAGCCGCUUACGGAAGCUCCUCCCAGCUACAAAUUAACACUGGUAAUAGCAAAAAACUGUUUUUUAGUGUAUAUUUACGCUGAUGUUCUUGCCUUGUUGUAAUUUAGGUAAAAGCAUACAAUUCAGUUUGUAUUUUCAAGUGUCACCGGACGAGUAUGUGAAAAAACGGUAACUCUGAAACGGAUAUAUAAGAAUGAUUCAUAACAGUGACGAACAGCCAUAUGACUGUGGACAUGAUAUGAAAAAAAAAACAACAUUCAGAGGCGGAUAAGAUUUCUUUCGAGAGUCUGCUUAGGAGAGCUUUAAAUCAAAGCUAACAUCUAAUUCGCCGGUAAACCCUUCAAGUGUCCGCGGCCGCCUACGGGAAUGUAAAAAUCCAGAGUUUGUGUGGGAGUUGAAACGGGAUUUUGUGAUGGCGGUCGUAAGUAGAGCUAUUCGCUAUAUACGAGAGUGUCCGUUAAGAGAACUUAAUCUACUGUAUGAAUCCGAAAAUGGUAGCUUAAAUGAGAAGUGAAUAUAGUGUAUUAGUCUGUGUUCAAGAAAUUGUUCUCUUACACCUUCCUUAUAGCCAAAGAAGUCUAGCCGACUUUUUUUUGCAAUGUAUUAGUGCCCCCUUUUGGGUCUUUUGUAUUCCUCAGAAGUUUUUCCUCAACACGUUUAUAAACGGUUAUUAUUAUAUUUUUGUAGUGAAUAAUAUACCCAGAUACAGGUACCAACCUGUAUAGUUGUAAGACUACGAGGAUUAAAAUACAACUAAGUAAGUAAUUAUACCCAGUGGCAAGUCAUUAAUUGUCUAAAAAUUGCACGGCACGGUCUGACGACAAAAAGGGCUAUUAUGAACCAUUAUUAUCAUGGUAAUUAAUGUCAACAUCGAAUAAAUUCAAAAUUUCAAGUAACACGACUUUCACAACCUAUUUUCAACACACCAGUUAUAACAGGAUAUUGGCGCGUACAACAAUAGAUAGCGUAUUCCGCAUUCCGGAGUCCGGUAGUCCGGUAGUCAAAGAUGGAGGGUGUUCGAGCAGGUGGUUGUUUUCUGUAGAUAUAGACGGAUUGUCAGUGAUCCUUCUUGUCCUUUGAGAAUGAUUUUGUUCUUUCUGACUACAACUUAUUUCAAAGACUUCGAAUGUUCGGUGAAAAGACGACACUUUUAAUUCUGCAAUGCUUCAAGAUGUUUCGAUUUCAUUACCUCGGCACAAAGUAACGCCACAAAGGACCAGACGAAACUGGAGCAGCAAAUCUGGACUAAAGCACCUGAGAGACGAGUAUGUACCAUUUAUUCACUAUCUUUUAUCCUUGUUAAGUCUUGUUUCACCUACAAGUUGGACCGAUCGAAGUUUUGAACUAACUCUUUUGCUCCUUGUGUUUACUCAAGCGUUCCAUAAAAUAUCCAUCCAAACGUCCAUAAAUAACAUAGAAAACAUGCCUCAGGUGACAGGUUAUAACUAUUCCGCUAUUAUUAUCGAUAAUGACGCAUCUGAUUUGUGACUUCUCGUCAACUUUGUGCUAUUUUUGUUUAAAAAAAAGAAUGUUACGUUUCUUCCAAUUUUGGUCAAAUGACAAAUAAGCGUCAAGUCAGAUGUACAUAAUACGUCAUUAUUGAUAAAGUAUGAGAUUGCCCAAAUAUUUUAUGAUUGAUUUGAUAACCUUAAAGAUGUCUUUCAAAGAAUAUGUGAGAAUUAAGUACAUAGGUUGUUGGUCAUGGGAGAUGUUAGCCACUAAAAUACCUUAAAUUUAGGGUUUGGUCAAAACAGUGAGAAGAUGUCCUUACUUUAGACUAAAUAAUAGGAAGAGAUCGAAUUAGAGAGUAAAAAUAAAUUACUGAGCAUUAAGUUUGAUAAACAUAGAAGAUGAUAAAGUUGAUUAGAUUUGAAGUUGUCUUUUCUUCUUGUUGAACAGCCAAACCAAAGUCAGACAAUUAAUUAUGCAAAAAUGAGUAGAUUUUGUCGUUUUUAGGGGGGGUCCCUGUAAAUCCCAGGGAAUUCAAUAUUGCGACCUUAUUUUUUGUCGAGGUUAAUAUCUCACCACACCUAUCAAUUGUGCCAAGUUUGAGCGAAAUCUGUGAUUUGAGCAUUAUCAUCUCCUGCCUGGUUCUCUCAUGGACACACUCUUAAAACAAUAUCACUCUCUCACUCUCGUCCAAUAGUUUCUUUUUUUUUUUGAGCUUUCAAGGACCAGUUAGUGAACGUCCGAUGAGAAACCCAGAUAAACAGUACCUAAAAAUUAGACUUGGGAGCCUGGAAAGAGUAACUGCUGAAAUUAAAAGCGGAGAUACAGUGCGACAAAGUCGAGAAAUCUUAAUAACAACUGUACCUAAAUUUGCCACACGAAACCAUAUGUUCGUCAGGUUUCUACACAUCUCUUUUUAACUUGGCACCUUUAUUUAUUUUAGGGCAUGCUUUCCAAUAAUGUUGAUCUAUGUUGAAAGCCAAAAACGUAGAAGGGUCUAAUAGAAUCAUUCUACAUCUUCAUUUAUCUGUUUAGCAGUGUAACAACUUGAUACUGUUUUCUUCAGAUUCAGCGGUGUACACUCCUGUAGAUGGCGGUAACUGGAUGCUGGCUAAGCUUAAUGUCCAAAUCACAGAUCUCGGCUACGCACAAAUCGUGGAACACCUCGCAAAGGUGAUGAUAUUGAUAUUAAUUAAAAGUGCUGUUUACAUAUUUCAUAUGUCUUUUCCUAAGACUCUUCCAAUAAUGAUAAUGAUAAUGAUAAUAAUCAACGCUAUCUUUCUUGAAAUUUUUCUUUUUAAGAUUCACUAUCUGAUGGAGCCCUUUUGUGUUAUCCUAAAACGGACCUUUUCAUCCCAGCAUCCUCUGCAUCAAAUACUCAAGUUUCAUUGCAGGGAAAUAACUGUCCCAAACACAUUUGGAACUCCAAAGCUUGUAAACGAGGCAGCGUUUAUGGAUUUGCUCUUUGCGUAUGGCAAUACCGGCACCACAAGGCUUCUGAAAGACUCUCAUAAAGUAGCCACGUGGGAGGUGACAAAUUUGAAAGAAGAAGUAAAGGUUUGUUGUCAUGCUAUCUUGCUUUCUUUGGUCAUCAAAAAGAGCUGUGACACGAAUCUAGGCAAAUUCAGACAGUGGAGGCUUUAAAGGAGCUGUGUCACGAAAUUCAGCCAAAUUAGGUAAUUACAAAGUUCCCCGGUAAAUUAAGAGAAACAUGAAAAUAACCGCUUAAAACAUUAAAGGAAGGUUAAAAUAACACAACAGAUACAACAGAUGCCACGGAUGGGCAAAACUGAAGAAGACUGAAACGGAUUAAAAUUAGGGUUUUUGAAAACUGUUCAGCCUAACAUUUUUUCAAAGUUGAUCUCUGCCGACUGUAUGCAACUUCAAAAAUGUUCAGGGGACAUAUUUGUUUGCCUCGAAUCUCUGAUUUUGUCGUUUACAUGAACUGUUUCUUUGCUUACUUUAAGUCUCAUUGCGAGGAAGGGCGAGUAAUUAGCAGAAUUAAACAAAAUGAACUGGACUGCCGUGACACAGCUCCUUUAAGGAGCAGUGUCAUCAAACACAAAAGGAGAAAAAAAAUGAGGAAGUUUAGAAAGGAUUACAAUCGAGAUUUUAGAAAACUAGUUUUCCUCACUCUAGCAUUUUUUCAUCUCUGUUGUUUAUAAGUGUAAAUAAAUAAUUAUAAUGCUUGGGAGACAAAUUUGCUUGUCAGGAAGGCGUGAUUUUGUCUUUUACAAAUAAUUCCUUCGCGAAGUGAGUAAGGGGGAGUAAUAGGCGGGACUAAAUAAGACUGCUGUGAAAAGGCUCCUUUAAAUGCUAACAAUCCAUAAAGCUAUAUCAGCUAUUUUUAACAUCUCUUGAAACCUAAAUCAGAGCUUGAUACUUGCCUCAGAAGCAUUAAAAUUUCCACUUUUUUAUGACAUUUUUUUGUCAGAACAUUGCUUUAUGAUUAAAACGUGGACUAGGCUAAUUGAUACCGAUGUGAUUAAGGUCCAUGGCCUAAAACUAUUGUCAAACAUUCAAUUUCUGUCGGAACUCGAUCGGAAGUUUGAUAAAACUGUGCAUAGCUUAUGGAUGUGAUUGAUUCGCUGAUUCAGUCAGCGACAUGAAACUUCCACCCCUGGCAUCAAAAAAGGAACGCUACCUUUUUAUUUAUUAGAAUUUCCGCUCAUGAAGGAUUUAGUCUUUACUAUAAACUUGCUCACUGCUCACAGACCAGACGUUUUGAUUACUUUUUGUCUUGACCUUUUUUAUGUGUGUGGUGCUAAUACACCUUAAUAGAAACGUGGACUAGAUGACAGGAGACUUAUUCCAUACUUUCCUUACCGUGAUGAUGGCGAGGAGAUUUUAGGAGUAAUCGAUCACAUGGUGGAGAAAUACGUCUCUCUGUAAGUGUUUUUAUCAGGCAAAGUUACUGGUCAGGAGAGUUAAUAAAAUUUUCUUUAUACCUUGGCUUAUUAACGCGUAAGUUGAAAAUUUUUUAAUCAUUCAUACAAAGUAUUUCUAAGUUCUUAAUAAAAUCCUCACUUAUUCAUAGACUUUCUUCAAAAACAUUACAAAUCAACAAUUAUUGAAUUCGGCUUCUUGUCAUCUGAAGAAUUAUAGGGAUCGAGUAGAGUAUCGGCCUCGGCGGAUAUCACCCUCCGAGAUCUUCAUAAUUCUUCAGAUAAAUACGAAGCCGAGUUAAAUGAUUGUUUUACUAUUCAUUCAAAAUAAUUCCCAGUUUAAAAACAAGCUAAAACAUGUUUACCUACGUCGAUGUUAAGUUCAUCUUGAUAGUGCAUGUUUAUCGGGAAGUUUAGGAAAUAAAGGGCUGUUCAGGUUCUUCGAUUCGAUACUCUGACAUGAACAAAUACGAAACUUUGUAUACCAGGAUUCAUCAGUUGGAGGAAACUACUUCAUGAUCAAUAAUAGCUUCAUAAUGACAUAGCCAAAUUUCUUUCAGAUAUUAUAAAGACGAUAGAGAUGUCCAGGAAGACAAGGAACUCGAGGCUUUCCUCAAUGAACUGUCUCUCAAUGGAACUGGAGAGAAUGGCGGAAUUGGAAGAGUAAGUAUGAGUAUACCAAUGAUAACUGCACCUCCAUAACGUACAUUAACUGGUAACGUGACUUUUAGAAAAUCAGAGAACUUUGGGCGCAAUGAAAAUCAGGAGUGCAAACAGUCCCUCCAAAUUCCAUUUUAGAUUUAACUGGAAAGACUGACACGUACGUUUUUAACGGGUAAAUUUCAUUUACGACUUGUACAACGCUGUUACUCUUAAAGUGCUAAAACUUGCGCUACUUCAACCUGAGUGAAUUACAUUUACACAUAAAUCCUAGUCCGGCCUGACGUACGAAACGUUUCGAUCGCCACGUUUUUUUGGAGACGACCAAGCCUAUAGCUAUGCGGACGAAAACAAUGGAAGCCAAGCCAAGAGGAAUGGUUAUUUUUAGAGCUUUCCUGGUUAACCCCAUGUUGCCCAGCAGUUUUUGUAAUUUAGGUGCGUUUUGUCUAUAAACUUUACGGUUUUCGGUGCGGUUGAGUAAUAACUAAAAUUUGAAUUUCUUCAAGCCUGGCGACCAAAACGUUUCCGCGAAAACCGACGUCAAAUUGUCGGGUACUUAAUACAUUCUUUAUUUAAUUGUUAAGGGGAAUCCUUUUUUAGCUAUUUUCACUUAAAUAACCGACAGAUACAAAAGUUCCCUGCAAGAAUUGACUCCAAAGAAGAACUCUGUGAUAUUGUUACCCGGAUCAUCUCGCAGCUAAGCCUGCAGCAUACCGCAAGCAACUACCUGCUGGCCGACUAUGCUGUGUACAUCCCUAAUCUGCCAACGAAACUGUACAAUGAUACCAGAGUUAAAAAGGGUGAAUUCUCUGUUUACCGACUCCCAAACAGGAUUACAUCUGCGGUAGGCACAACGUUCAUUUCUAAGAUUAUUGAAACUUCAAUUUCAAUGCCCUUUUAAUUUUGGGUGGAUAGUUAUAACUAAUAGAUCACGAAACUACAAAUUAAAGGCUGAGGUUACGGUUCGACCGAGAAUUAACAAACGCAGUUAAAUAUCCAUGUAAUAUUAUUCACGAUAAGACAUAAUGUUGACUUUUUUGAAAUUAUUUUGUACCAUCUGUGUUACUGCGCGAAAAAUAACUUUCGAUUCUUAGGUAACAUUCUUUUAACCUGUAUUUAAAAUUAGAAACUAAAUGACUGGGGACUUACUAGAAAACUUACAAGGUAAAUUAGCCUUGAGUUCUAAUAGUGCCUUUGAAAUUAUCUGUGUGUUUUAUUUUUUUGUACUGAAAAAAAAUCUUGCAAAGUGUUCAUUUAUUAGUAAAAUAACCAGAAGAGCAAAUAUAGUCUAUCCAUGUCUAUUGAAACGUUGGUCAGCCUGGAGCUUAAUGACUGUAUUUCGCAGUUUAUAAUCUGACUAAUGAAUUAAAUUAAAUUGUAUGCUAUCAUACCAAGUUUUAGCUGACGCGAUUUGAUUUGGCUUUUAACUUUUCAGAUUGAGGCAAGCUUCAGCAACUCGUUAGCAAGUCUCCGCUUUGAUUCACUGUUUGACUACGGCAACAAUCUUGAGGACAGUAAGGCCGCUAACAUUGUCAACAAUUACUACAGCUACUUGAUGCGUGUUGUUCAGCCCAAACUGCAAGAAAGAAACAAGAAACGGAAAGACAAGGAUGACCUAACAUAUCCCUACUUCAUUCCAAGAUGGAUUCCUAACGGAGUUCAGACCUAGUUCAUUGGGGUUGCUUUUUUUUUGUGUCAUUCUAUGGAACGAUAUGAUAACAAAGGCAUUCUUAGAUAUUG